UUCUACAAUGCAGCGCGAAAAGAAUGUAAAAGUUAAAGAAGUAAUAGCUGCACUUUGUAAGCUUCUCUCGGCAUUAGACGUGGAAUCGGUUCCAACGGCUGAAUCGUUCAGGAGAGCCAAGUUCGAUAAGAUUGAUGCGGUUCAAGACUUGUGGCAGUUGCUCUGUGGUCUCCUCAGAAAGGCGUUCGAACCAGACUGCGCAUGCGCAAAUUCAACCGACCCAGAAUGGCAGUGGAGGUUUGUGCGGAGUGCACUUUGGCACAGCGGUUACGGGGAAUGGUGGGUGGUCGGAUCUCGGGCCUGUGGGAACAGAGAGGAGAUUGGAAGCAGAGAUCUGCUGCUGGCCGCCGGCUGGCUCUUGGCGUCUGGGAAUCUGCUGGAGGGAAUGCUGCGAGAAAGAGUUCAGCAGUUAGAGGUGCUCUCAUCUGCAUCAGAGGUUCCAUCCAGAGGAAUGAAUCUGGAUUUAUGUGAAUGUAAAGAGGACAGCACAGCAGGACGAGAUCUGAAGAGUCUGCAGUGGCAGCUUGGGAAAAUGAGGCUGCGUUGGAGGAGUCUUCUAGCAGUGCAGCAGGAGCAGGCCAGGCUUUCCCACAAGGUCUCCUCCAGUGUGUGCGCUCCUUCCUGCUUUGACACCGGCACUGCUGCUGUUCCAAAAGUGACUGGAUGUAGUGCGCUUGAUAAGGAUCUGGAGCGUGUACAGUCUCUGAACGGAAUUCUCCAGGCGUAUCUGGAGUGGAAAAGUGUGGAGCCGCUGUUCUGGUGCUGGAUGGACAGCGUGAUUGAUGGCUACCUCUCAGAUGGACAUAGCGAAGGUCCUGUUGAUACGCCACAAAGAGCCCAGACGGUCAGUUGGAGCUGUUCCGACAGUGAAAAGGCCAGAAGACCUGUGAGACGUUUGGACGAGACGUUGUUGCGGUUACAGGACCAGCUGCAGCACAGACGACUAGAGCCGACCACAUAUUUAAAGACUUUCCAGGACAGACGCACAGAUGCAACCAGACUCGGUUCCAGGCACAAAGAGGAGGUGGAGCGGAGAGUGGCUUCCUGCUUACAGGGCCUUUCUAUUGUUAACAGACCAUCAGUCGUAUCAAGAGGCGUGACGCCGUACUUCCAGCAGCCACAGCCCUCAGGGUCCACCGGCAAACCCGGGAGGAUCAAUCCAGGCCGGACGGAGGGUUCAGGACAUCUGCAGGCGUACACGUGCCUACAAGAGUUAAAGCAGAGGAAGGUCAUACUGGGGUGGGAACUGGAGCUGCUGAGACGAAGCCAACGAGAGAAAAUUCAAGCAUGGGCGGGUAAACUGGACGGACUGGUGCUUAUACCGCCACUUAAGAGAUGAUUAAGAGUUCAGUCAUUGAGACGGGACAGCAAAUGGGACCAAAACAACUGAUGAGGACAAUUUUCAACAAUUUAGGAGGGAUGUUGUCAUCAGUCUAGCUUAGUGUUGUUUGGGGGGAGGUUGGUCACAUGGAGCUUAGCAUGGCUCUCCAUACUCGAUACGGCUCUGGGAGCUCAGCACUGGCAGGUGAUAAGAAGCGGUCACAGAUUGGACACGUUUCGUGGGGGGCGUGUGGUGAUCCGGCUCUACUUGAUCAGAUCAAGGUUUGUGCAAGCACCAGCGCAUUCACAAUCAAAAUUUGGAAAUGACCAGAUUUGGAA